GUGCGGUCGAGAGCGCGCGCCGUGGGCGGCGAUCCCCGCUUCAGUAAGAGACAGGCGCCCAAGCCGCUCGCACGAACCUGACCGCCGCACAAGCGCUGAACGAACGACCAAGAUGGCUACCGGCCCGAAAUUAGUGCACAAGCAGUUCAACUCGCCCAUCGGGCUGUACUCGCAGAAGAACAUUCAGGAGACGCUGAACAAACAUCUCUCCAACCUCGACAAUGGAGGCGUCGGGAUUGACUUCAGCAACCCCAGCACCGACAAGCCGGGCAACCUCGCGCACUCCGCCGUGCUGCGGAUGCUGGAGGAAGAGGAGCGGGGCCGCAGGAACCCCGAGAUAUUUGCAACCCGUGAACAAGCUAUAAAGAUAGUAAAAAUACGCGCAACACGCCGCUUCGAUUCCUGCUGGCCGCCCGAACGCAUGGUAUCUGCCCACUGUUGGGAUGGACUGCUUAACGCUAACGGACAUAUACACACACACUUUAUGAAGCCAGAGGAAGGCAAAGGUCAGAAGAAAGUAGUGUGGCCGCCAGUGCCUGAAACUAACGGCUACCACCAGCCACAACACCAGCAACAGCAAAGUCCCGCGUACCACGCACAGCACUCCCCCUCCACGCCGCAGUCGCACCCGCAGCAGUACCAAACCCCACCCAAGCCCCAAUACCAUAAUAGCCCUCAGUACAACGAGCAGUACCAACAGCAGCCCCAGUAUCAGCAGCAGCCCCAAUACCAGCAGCAGCGCAGCCCCCAGCAGAAUCAGCCACCGUAUUGCGACGGCAGACGCCAAGAGCCUACAGGGUUGAGUAAGCUGAUCCCCUUCGGGCCUGGUGUGAGCGCGUCUCCGGCCCCGGCGUACCGGCAAGGCCCAGCGUCCCCAGCCGCAGCUCCUUACAAACAGCCCAACUCCCGUUGGGCCCCUGUGCCAGCCCCCCUCUCUCCCCAGGCGUACCCACAACAGCAGUCGCAGUACUCGACCCAGCAACAGUACUUUCAGCCACAGCCGCAGUAUCAGCAGCAACAACAGUACUCGCAGCCCGAGUACGCGCCGCCGCAGUACUCCCCGCCGGAGUACCCCCCGCAGUACGAGUUCCAGUCCCCGCAGAGGCAGUUCGAGCCCCCACCGACGACCAUCACGCUUCGUCAGCAGCCCCCUGUGCAUCAGAAGCCACCACCAGUGUUCGCUAGCCAACCCGCCACAGCGUCUUUCCAAGGAGGUGUCAACAUGCGAGGCGAUCAGAAGUGGCCGCCCCAGUCGGUGCGCGAGGCAGUCGCUGCCGAGAAUGAGGCGCGGGUCCAACUCGCCAAGGGUCCCGCCUGCAGACCUCGCAAGCUCCGGCAAUAUUCGCUUGCCGAGCUUAUCGCCAAGAACGACGUGUAGGCGUGAUACAAGCUUUAUACCUGUCGUCAAAAAGGACUACACUAGGUUCUUUGCCCAGCACGCCCUUAACCAGAGCUACCCCGGUUACCGCGCGCCUCCGGGCACGCAACACUACGAGGACCAUUCGGGCCGAUCUUCUUAUUAGAAUCAUAGUUACUAACAUA